AUAAGUAAAGGAAAAAAAGUAUUAAUUGUUGAUGAUCUACUAGCGACUGGAGGGACAUAUUUGGAGUUUAUCAAAAUGUGACAGCUAUGCGUGCGAUGAAUGAUUUACUUAUUGAUCAUGUUAAAUCAUUGAAAAAUGUUGAUGUAAUCGUAGGAUUGGAUUCACGUGGUUUUCUUUUAGGACCAAUAUUAAGUACUGAGCUCGGAAAACCUUUUGUUCCUAUCAGAAAGAAAGGAAAAUUACCAGGAAAUAUUAAACGCGAGAGUUAUACUUUAGAGUAUGGUGAGGCUACAGUUGAAAUCCAAACAGACAGUAUAAGUAAAGGAAAAAAAGUAUUAAUUGUUGAUGAUCUACUAGCGACUGGAGGAACUAUGUCAGCUGCCAUUAAAUUAAUUGAAGCGAUUGGCGCCGAAGUUGUUGAGUGCAUUGUAUUAAUGGAAUUAAAUUCACUUAAUGGCCGAUCAAAAAUAUCAGUACCUGUAUUUUCAUUAAUCCAGUACAAUUAAUAAAAAUAUUUAAUCUCGUGAUAAAUUUUAUAAAUUUACAUUCCAAUGUAAAUGUUUUUAUAACCAAUUGUCUUUUUCUACAAUUUAUAUCUCAAUUUUAAAUAAAUUAAAAAUUAAUAUCUCA